AUGAUUAGAUUUCUAAGCCAAAUUCAAAGAAUUAACAACUUUUGUUACAGUAACGUUAUAGUGAGUAAUCGAGUUAGAGGUUUUAGCACAAGUGACACUAUGUUUAAGUCAGCAGUAUUCAAUCUUCAAGAAGCUUCUAAAGAUCAAGUUCAAGAGUUCCUAAACUCAUUUGAUACAGUUUUAACAGAUUGUGAUGGGGUAUUAUGGAUUGAUAACAAUGCUAUCUCAGGAUCAGCAGAUGCAAUGAAUUACUUCCGGAAAUUGGGAAAAAAAAUAUUUUAUGUAACAAACAAUUCAACAAAAAUUCGCAGCGAGUUUGCAAGUAAAGCAACUCAACUAGGCUUUAUUGCAAGUCAGGAAGAGAUAUUGUCAACUGCUUACUUAGUAGCUCAUUACCUAAAAGGUAUAGGAUUUACCAAAAAGGUAUAUUUACUGGGAUCAAAUGGCAUUGGAGAGGAACUGAAAGCUGUGGGUGUUAGACAUAUUGGUGUAGGGCCUGAUCAUGUGAAACCAGAUUUCAAAUCAAUGCAGCCUUCGGAACUGGAUCCUGAAGUUGGUGCUGUGGUGGUGGGUUUUGAUGAACAUGUCAGUUACCCAAAAUUCAUGAAGGCUGCCUCUUACCUUGCAUCCGAACAAUGUUUGUUCAUAGCAACCAAUACUGAUGAGAGGUUUCCUAAAGCUGGCUCUAUUGUUGUGCCUGGUACUGGCACUUUGGUAAGGGCAGUUGAGACAUGUUCAGAAAGAAAAGCCCUUGUUCUUGGGAAGCCUCAUAAUUAUGUGCGGAAGUAUCUUGAAUCAUGCGGCUUAAAUCCAGCCAGGACUUUGAUGAUUGGAGACAGAUGCAACACUGACAUAGAACUGGGUGUCCGCUGCGGCUUCCAAACACUGCUGGUGCUCUCAGGUGUCACUUCACCCAAAGAUCUGGAGAAACUGCGCAACGAAAAAACUCCGCCAUUACCAGACGUUGUUUUACCGAAAUUGGGAGAUUUACUUUCCCUUGUAUCAUAG